GAAUACGCACCGUUUCUUAUCCGGAAUAAGAUUUCUGGCGCUUCAGCCGGUGCUAUAGUAGCGACCUGUCUCGUAACGAACGUUUGUUUAUCACAAGCUACUACCACGAUCUUAAAAAUAGUUACUCAAGCGCGUUCACGAUCCUUCGGCCCUCUACAUCCCGAUUUUAACCUACUUGAAUUGGUCCGUUAUGAAAUGUCUUAUAAAUUGCCUGCUGACGCGUAUAAAGAGUGUUCUGGUCGGUUGCAAAUCUCGUUAACCCGAUGGAGCGAUAACAAAAAUGUCUUGGUCAACGAGUUCACAUCAAAUGACGACUUGAUAGAUGCAAUAAUCUGUAGUUGCUUCAUCCCUGUAUACUGUGGUAAUACACCGCCAACAUUUCGAGGCAUUGCCUAUGUCGAUGGUGGUUUCAGUGACAAUCAACCAUCAUAUGAUGAUUACACAGUAACAAUCAGCCCAUUUUCGGGAGAAUCUGAUAUUUGUCCGCUUGAUUCGGACACGGCCGGUUUAUUCGGCAUGACCUUCUCUGGUACUUCGAUUCGAUUCACAACAGGCAACCUCUUCCGGCUGACAGCAUGUUUGAUGCCUCCAUCUGGCGAGAAUUGUUCCAGGAUAUGCCAACAAGGAUUUGAUGACGCUCUUCGAUUUAUUUCCAGAACGAUAGCACCGUGUAUACGUUGCCUUUCGAUCCAUACGAAGAAUUAUAAUAAAUUACAAGAAUUCACGUGUGUAAAAACCGGCUUCAGUCAACUAACGAAAACAGCUAUUUUGAGGUACGUACGGCUGUUCUGGAAGACAUUGAUAUUCAGGAAGAAGCUUCUGUCGGAAUGUGACUUUUGUGGUGAUAGUGAAAAUAUACAGAGUGCGAGCCCGAGCGACUUGUUUCCGGUCUUUCUUAAAAAAGCAUUCGAAGAAGCUUAUGCCACGGAAGAUUCUAUUUUCAAUUAUUUCCUUUCUUUCCGCUUGUUUCGUUAUACCCUUCAUUCAACUGUUUUUAUGUUUGGUCAAUUAGUACAAAUGAUACGAAUAUCCUGGUAUUGGUUUACUCUUAAUGUAAUAGAACCAUUUCAAAUUAAGGGCAUUACGGUGGUUGAAGAACCUAUCGAGUGGACUUCGCUUGAUGAUACGGUCAAUGACGACUCACUCGAGCAUGUUAUAGAGUACACCAAAUCGCAUGAUACCAUGUACGAAUUCCACUAUCUGGAUGAAAAUAACCAAGUAAGAGCCUCUAUUGUAAAUACUAAAAUCGCGAUUCUUAGUGGUGUUCUUAAUAUGUCUCCAUUCCAACACGAAGGAGAGUUACGCGACUCAGAUUUAUUGGGUGUUGGAAGCCAAACGAAGACAACGUAA